UGGCAAGAUGGCGUCGGAACCGAAUAAGACAGAAAUUCUCACCAUUUUUAAACGACUGCGCUCCAUCCCUACAAACAAGAUGGCAAAUGUAGAAAAAGGAACCAAGCCUUGAGCCACUCAGAUAAAGCCUGCUUUGACUGUGCUGCUAAGAAUCCGAGUUGGGCUAGUAUUUCAUAUGGAGUGUUUCUGUGCAUUGACUGUUCUGGAAUUCAUCGCUCAUUGGGAGUGCACUUAAGUUUUAUCAGAUCCACGGAGCUGGAUUCUAACUGGAGCUGGUUUCAACUGAGAUGUAUACAGGUGGGAGGAAAUGCCAAUGCGAUGGCGUUUUUCCGUCAGCAUGGCUGUACCACCAAUGACACCAAUGCAAAGUACAACAGUCGUGCCGCUCAGAUGUACAGAGAGAAGAUUCGACAGCUUGCCAACGCUGCACUCUCCAAGUAUGGCACUGAUCUGUGGAUUGACAGCUCCAGCUGUGCUCAGCCAUCACCUUCCGAGAAAAAAGAGACUGACUUCUUUGAUGUGCACACACAGUCUGCCAACAGCCGGGACAUGGCAUCGCCAUCCCUAACCGAUCAGAAUGGAGCAGUAACUGUGACCCCUCAACUGGAGCAGAGAAGUCCUAAGACUUUAGAGGCUACUAGCACCCAGCCUGAAGAAGGUCCGAGUAUUGAAGGACUGAGCACAAGUCCUAAAGCCACAAUAGAAGUGAAAUCCUCAAUCAUUGGAAAGAAGAAGCCAACCGCAGCAAAGAAAGGGCUUGGCGCUAAAAAGGGCCUUGGAGCCCAGAAGGUGAGCGGCAAGAGCUUCAAUGAGGUGGAGAAACAAGCCCAGGUGGCUGAGAAACUGAGAGAGGAACAGGUUACUGAGGCCAAGAAACAUGCUGAGGAAUCCAUAGUGGCCUCGAUGCGACUGGCCUACAAAGAGCUGGAGAUUGACAGGAAGAUGGAGGAGAAGAAACUGCAGAACAUGGCGGGGAAGAAGGAACAGGCGGAGAGGCUGGGCAUGGGAUUCGGCAGCAGGAGUGCCGUGUCUCACUCUGUAAUGGCUGAGAUGCAGGUGAUCGAGCAGGAGACUCCAGUGGGAGUCAAAUCCUCCUCUCGAUCUAAGAUGGACAUGUUUGAUGAGCCUGGAUUUGCCUCUGGACCACCAAAAUACAAGGACAACCCUUUCACAUCAGGCGACAGUUUUGGGUCACGGUGGGACAAUGAUGGAGCAUCAUCUUUCUCCUCCUGGGCUCUGGAGAAGGAGGAUCCUAAAGAGAGCGAGGUCACCAUCUCGAGUAUCCAGCCAAUCGGAGAAAGGUUGCCCAGCCGACGGAAACCUGAUAUGUCUGUGCCAGUCACGGAGUCUAGCGAAGCGCGACAGAAGUUUGCCAAUGCUAAAGCGAUCUCAUCGGACAUGUUCUUCGGCCGUGAGAGCAACCCAGAGUAUGAAGCAAAGACUCGUCUAGAGGGAAUGUCUGGCAGUACCUCCAUCAGCUCUGCUGACCUGUUUGGUGAUGGCAGUGACCGUUCCUCAGGCUCAUCAGGAUUCGACAGUGUGCUUCCCUCUGGUCCAGACAUUGCCCAGUUCAAGCAAGGUGUGAAGACUGUUGCAGGGAAGAUGGCAGUGCUGGCUAAUGGUGUUAUGAACACCAUUCAGGAUCGCUAUGGAUCUUACUAACAGGACUGCUUUAGGCUGACAUGGAAGUCUCAUCGUACAGGACACACAUCACUGCUGAAUGGAUUGGUCUGUCUGUCUUAAAUGAAUACACGAAUCAGAGACAGAGAGACAAAGACCUGGGAGAUCCCAAUCACCCCCGAGACCACUGUAGACACUCUUGCUGACAGUAUUUUAUUUACUUUUGGAAGACUCUCGUUUUAUUUUCAGAUAACAGAAGCACUGGGAACGAGUGUAAAGUUUGUUUUCAGAAUCAUAGCGCUUUCUGUUUUAAAUAACAGUCCUGUUUUCAAUGCCAUGUGCUGGUCUCUGAUUUCACAUAGUGAUGGAUUUGAAAAGUAUUCUCUCCAGACUUAAAUGUAUAACUAAACUUACAGCGCUAAUAUGUUCUCUUUCUUUUUGUAUUUGAAUGACAUCAUACUAAGACCACAGAUCAUUCAUUAAAUGAGGAAAGAGAACCAUAUUAUGAAAUAUAUAGGCCUAUUUAUAAAAUUUGAACCCAUUUCUUAAAUUCAAUCAUUCACAUUGUGAUGCAUUACCAAGACAAAGUUUUGAAUGACUGGUAAAGUGUGUUGCCUUUUGCUUGGUGACUUGAUGUACAUCCUAAAGUUUAGGUUUACUUAAGCGAUUUUUAAAAAUAAAGGUAAAAUUGUGCAAUAUGACCUCUUAUGUCAGGGGUCAAGGUUUUAAGGUUGUUUUGUGGAUGCAACAGCGUGAGUGACACCUGGGAGUUCUUUGCUAAAUCAAGACUUCAGGACCUAACUGUUUGUUGUGCAUUUACAUUUUUGAGUCAAAUUCCCAGCAUUUACUAACUUUCAAAUUUACAGAUAAAUUUGAUUAAAACUUUUUUUUUCUAAGAAUCCAUACUGAGGUUUUUAGUUAUGAGAUUUCAUAAGACUACCAAAAAUGAAAGGUGAAGUGUGCAGUUUGAGCACCACCGUGUGGCACUGAGUGUAAUUGCAAUCUGUUUGCACUACCCCGACUGGGUGGGACUUAACAUCGGCUCAACCAAUGAUGUGAUAUUUGGGCGGACCAAACAGAAUGAGAAUGUCAAAUUUCUUUCUUUUGCAAUUCUGUUGUGUGCCCCUAGUUUAACUUGACACACUCAGUAUAGUUUGCAUUUACAUGUUUUAUUUAACAAAAUGACAACUGACUAAAAAUGAAAAGCAUUUUUAUUGAAAUUAACCUAUUUUAGUGAUGUCCAUUUUCUGGCAAUGUGCAUGUGCAAAACUGUUUCCUAGUACAUGCAUCAAAUAAUGCCUGUUUUCUUUUUCUUUAUUCGGGGUUUUGACCAGACUGGAAACUGGGAAAUUAUUUGUUUUUGAGCUCUUUACAUAUUGUCUGCCUGUACGUUUGUAGCCCGAUGCUCAAUUUUAAAAUAAAGAACAACAACCCUCUGGAAUAAAAACUAUUUAUUGUUGCCUGUUGAGCGAAAUCUGUUGAGAUUUGUGUGAAUAAAGAUUGAAAUCCCCCACAAAA